GUGUAAACUGAUACAUGAUUUAUGUUCUACACAAUAAUUAUUAUUGUUCAAUCAUUGAUUAACAACUUAUUACACCUCAGAGAUAUUGGUCCUUCUAUAUCUAUAUGACCGGUUUCAGUCAGUAAAAUGCGAUAGAGAAACCUAAGAGACCGAUCACUAUUUUUUGUUUUAUGGACCGUUCGGGGUUACACACCACUAAAUGUGCACUGUGUUGAAGUGUUUUAUUGAACCGCAUUGACACUAUUUCAGCUUUAACAAGAUGCAAGUAUAUGGAGUCAUUAGACACAGAGGUCAUUGUCUUACUAUUGAAGAAAGGCUCUCAGAUAGUGGAAAACUAUGGUACACCAGUAGGAAAACGCUUUUUACAAGAAAAGUCUGAGAUUGUCCAACAGUUUGUAUGUUACUGUCAGAGACCACCUGAAACUGUUGACAGUCAAAGUGAGCAUGGAGGUGUCAAGAAUGAAGUAACUUCAGGCAAUGCUGAUGACCAUGUUAAAGGAAAUGUUUGUCGCAACCAUGAGGAAAGCGUUCCCGUUGUUCAAGCCACGUUGCAUCAUAAAGUGGAAGAGAAUAAUUUACUUUCUACGACCGACAACUGUAUCAUAGAAACAGUAAAUCAAACUACUAAGUUUACCUGUCUAAUUUGCUGUCAAGACUUCUCCUGUAAGACAAGCUAUGCUGGCCAUGUAAGAACAUGUGACCUGAACAAGUCAUUCAGAUGUCGAGAAUGUGAUUGCACAUUCCAAACAGAAAAUCAGUAUGUAAAUCACAAACAAGAACAUGGUGCUGGACAGCUUUUUCAUUGUAACAAAUGUGACAAAGUGUACAAAUCCAAGAAGUCCUUAAACAAUCAUAGUCGAAGCAUGCACACUAAUAACAGAUAUCAGUGCAAAAUUUGUGGUAAGUUCUUUAAUUACUCGCAUGGUCUAGCCAGACAUGAAAAAUCACAUUCAGAUAUUCGCGAUUACAAGUGUUCAUUUUGUGACAAGGCUUUCAAGAACAAGAAGGAUCGUGUAAACCACGAAAAUAAUAUGCAUACCAAAGAGAAUCAGUAUAUCUGCCAUUUGUGUGGCAAAACAACAGCUAGCCCUACUGUGUAUAGAAAUCACAUGAGGAAACACGAAGGAAAGCCCAUCAAGUUGGCCAGGAGUUGUAGGUAUUGUGGGGAAAGUAUGACAAACUACACGGCAUUGGUGCGGCAUAUAAUGAAACUACAUGAACAAGAAGACCUGGAUCACAAGGUCCCCUUGUUACGUCGCUGUCCCGUCUGCAGCAAGGUCUUCCCACAGCGCAGCAUAAAGAUACAUGAAGAUUCUCAUGUUGGAAUCAAGCGCUUCACAUGCAAUUGCUGUCAGCGUAGGUUUUCAUGCGCACCAAAUUUGCAAGCACACCUGCGAACUGUCCACAGAGACACUCCGAUGUUUUGUGCCAUGUGCUCUGUACACUUUACUAACAGAAUGGCCUGGAAUAACCACCUUGCCUCGCAUGUGGAUAGUGUUUGUUGAGAAGUUGUUCUUCACAGAAUUUCUUUGUACAAUUUAACUAGUAUUUGUGAAAACCUCAAAAAGUGUCUCGUGUUCAUUUUAACAAGUCCUCUUUACUUGAUGGAUUGCUGCUCAACAUUUUGUUCUGAAAUAAUAAUCACAAAUCAGAUCAGUUUAAUCGAUGCUACAUCAACUAAUGCAUGUCAAUUGUUGAUUACCCACAUUGAACACCUACCAGGUACUCAUGCUGUUCAAUAGAGUGGAGUGUAGUGAUCGAAUGUUCAGGAAUUUGAUUGUUCACAUAAAAAUGCAUUUUUUGAUACAUUGAAGUCAUUUUAAAUAAUUGGCUAAUACAAACUCAAUUUUUUGUUUAAAGUGACGACAUUUUUUUAAAUACUGCUACCUAUGCUUUUCCACUAUUGGCAGUAGUAUUGAAGUGUUGUAAAAUUAUCAUUUCAUUGCAUGUGUUGAAAUCUAACUGAUGAUGUGUUAUCCUGUGUUUUGAACAAUAUUUUGUGGCAGGGUAUGUUGUUUUCUUAACAGUUGUUACAAUACAUCAUAGCCACUAAAUAUUGUAUAUGUGAGUUGUUGAGCAACAAUUGGCAUAACACAUAGGUUCAUUGUAUAAUUGUAAUUUAUACAAAUGUAUUUGGUAGUAAUGUUAUAUAUCAAAUAAACAUUUAGAUUGUGA